UCUCAAUACCUGAUCUCCUCUACGAAACUAUAAUUUUCUGCAUUUAUGCGCACAUCAUGACCGACCAGAGCGAGAGGCUGAUGUACUCCGCCUUCAGCUGCGGCUGGGUCAACAGUGACGCUCGCUUCAAACGCAGCCUGGGCAUCUUCAUGAUGGUGACUGUGCGCCCGAUAGUGAUCACGGUGGGCAAGACGUGCACACUGUCCAAGCAGAUGCUGAUCCAGGUCUUGAAUGGAGCGUACGGCUUACUGAAUUUGCUCUACUAUCUACAUAGCAGCAACUGAAACGGCACCAGAGAGGCACACCUGAAGAACGCAAUGAAUGUGCUACACACUGAAAAACCACCAGAAACAAC